AUGUCAAAAAUAGUCUUGUUAACUGGUGCUUCGGGAUUCGUUGCGCUCCAUGUUUUAGAUGCUCUUUUGAAGAAGAAUUAUCAUGUUAUAGGUACAGUCAGAUCCAAGGGGAAGGCUGAUACCAUCACCAAAGAAUUCAAGAAUGAGUAUCCAGAAGCAAAUCUUGAUUUUGAAAUUGUUAGAGAUAUUGGAGCUCAAAAUGCAUUUGAUGAAGUUUUCCAAAGACAUCCAAAAAUUACAGAUGUUAUUCAUACCGCUUCACCAUUUUCCUAUGGAUUGAAUCAGGAUUUAAAAGAUGCUUAUUUAACACCUGCUCUUGAAGGAACCAAAAACAUUUUGGAAGCUACUCAGAAAUUUGGUAAAGAUGUUAAACAUGUUGUUAUCACUUCAUCUUAUGUUUCUGUCUUGCAUUAUGACAAGCGUGGAGAUAGAUCUUUUGUUCAUACUGAAGAAACAUGGAAUCCUAUAGUUUGGGAAGAUGUAAAUGAUGAGUAUACAGCUUAUUUUGCUUCAAAGAAAUUAUCAGAACAAUUUGCACAUAAGUUUGCUUCUGAUAAUAAACCAAAAUGGUCAUUAACAGCGGUUAAUCCACCUUUUAUAUUUGGUCCACAAAAAUUUGAUUCCGCCUUACAAAACUCAUCAUUGAAUACUUCAGCAGAUUUUUUAAAUCAAUUGCUAAGAUCAGAUCCUAAGAAUACUAAUCUUUUUGAAGGUGCCUCGGGUCCUUCUGCUGAUGUUCGUGAUGUUGCAAGAUUGCAUGUUUUGGCAAUUGAGAAUGAUGAUCUAUCUGGUAAAAGAUUAUUACCAUAUCCUUUCAACUUCACUUUCCAGUCAUUAUUGGACAUUUUACACAAUGAAUUUCCUGAAUUGAAUGGCAAAAUAGCUAAAGGUAAACCUGAAGAAACAGAAGAACAAUUAUCUAGGGAAAUUUGGGCUGUUGAUACUUCAGAAACCUCUAAGAUUACAGGUAUUAAUGAUUGGAUUCCUUUGGAGAAAACAGUGAAAGACGCAGCUUCACAGAUUUUAAAGUACAGAAAAUCUAAACCAUCCCAGUAG